GAGGAGAAGAAGGUCAUUGGGCAGAGAGGGACAGAGGGUCAUUUGGCUUUGAAGGAAGUGUGCCAGGAAACAAUGGAGUGCGCCGGGAAAGGGAGGGGAACUCGGUGUUUGGGCGCACCCAGAAGACGCUGUAGCCGCUGCGGAGCCGUUGCUUAUUGUUCUGCCUCUCACCAGAUUUUGCACUGGAGUGAUCAUAAGGAAGAGUGCAAAAGAUUAGAACAACAAAUGAAAGGUGUAGAUAUCUUGAACGACUUUCCUUUCACAUUUUCUCAAGAAGCUACACUUCAGGUCCUUGAAAAGGAGACUAGGUGUUUAUUCUUGAGCAAAAGGGGCAUCCAUCAAAUGGGAAUGUGGUUGCAUGAAUGCUCUUGUGGGGCGUCAGUUACUUCCUCUAAUUGCUCUAGGUCAAAUGAUGGUUGGCAUCUUCCCCGAAUCUUGUGUCCUUGUACUGAGCCUGUUUCUCCAAUAUCAAAGCAGUUAAGUGGUUGGAAGGACUACCAUGAGUGGAGGUGCAUUCCACUUCAUUCACCUGCUGCUUUGCUUCUUCACUGGCCACUUACAAUUUAUCAUGCCAUUCAAUUGGCUGGUUUGGGAAGCGCGAACCAUGAAAUCAGGGAGAAACUCUACAUACACUAUCUCGGGCCUGAGAAAGAGCUUCUUCAACUUGCUGUCUUCUCAGAGUUGCAUGCACUUUUUCCUGGUGUGCAUGUGCAUAUAGAGCUUAUUGGACCUGCAAUUCCAUUAAAUAGGGAUGGUGAGAGGAUUGAUCUUUACAAUCGUGCUCAUUGCCUUGAGACAGAUUGCAGCUGCAAAUCUUCAAGUGAGAGUAUGAGCAUGGAUGUAAAGACUAGUCGGACUUCAAAAGUGACAUUGCAGCUUCGAAGUGGGCUUUACCAUGAUCGAUAUAGGGAUAUAGCAGAGGAUUUCUCUCCUCAUUUGGUGAUUGCACCAAAUGCUGGCAUUGCUGCUUAUUCAAGUUGGUUGCCUACAAUUGAGCUAAUUAAGGAGACAAAGGUCCGAGCAAUUUUUUCCGAUUACUGUGAAGAAGCUUGUCAUCUUGGAGCUUGUUGCAUAAGCACUAUAACUGGCCAUCCUCUCACAUUUCCUAUACAAUUAAAUCCAUUCAGGCAGCCGAUGGUGGUCGCAAACAGUGCUCUGUUUCUUCCUUGCUACAGUAAUUGCUUCCUCUUUGGGAUUUGAAAUGGUUUUGGAUGUCAGUUUGAGGACUGUUCGUUAGCUUGUUCUGAUGGAGUUCUUGAAGUCUCGACUCAAACAAUCGUUCCAUUGAGUUAUCGACGCUUAAAAAGACAUGUUUACUGAUGUAGCAGUACGGAAGUUUUCAGAUGUUCCUGUGUUCAAGAUAUUACCAUGUGCGGGGCGUGAAUUUGGUGAUCAAGAUCAAGAAUCUUGAUGCAAC